AUGUCCAAAAGCAUUGGAUCGGCAGGCGAGUUCACCAGACUAUUUAGAAACUCAAGAGUGGCUCAGGUGCCUAACAACUUGGGGAAGUUGGGGCUCGAUAGGAGUAAAGCAUUUCCUACACAUCAGAUCAUAGAAGCUCUUCCUUCUUCCUUCUCGAGAAGGGACUUUGGCCUAAAGAUCCGUCUUCCAAAGAAAUUGAAGACUCGGCAUAUUGUGAUAAACGAUUUGGAUAAUAAGUAUGGACUUCCUGAUUUUGAGCCAUUGAAUGGCUUCUAUUGGAAGAAGCUCAGAUUCAGAGAGUUUGGUAUUCCUGUCAGGGUGAAGGGAAGCGGACUGGGAAAUGGUAUGCAGAAGAAUGCAGUCUCUUCCAGUCCCCUUUUCCCCGCCAAAUAUCAAUCAUCAGAUAGAACUACGAUAUCUGGAGCUCUUAAUCUAAAAAGACAGUCACUCUAUUCCAAAGAGUUUCAGAAGCAUAUUAAAACAGAGCUCAGAAAGUUGAGAAGACCAUUUAUUACGUGGCUCGUUGAGAAAUAUCCAGAGAGAUUGUCACAUACUGACUUGUCGAAUGAAAUCAUUGAGUUUUUAGAGGAAAAGAAGCCCCAGUUGAACUUAAAGAAUACUGACUUCCAAUUGAAAAUACCUUCUUCCUACGCUGACAAGCUUUCUGGUACGGCAGGUUUGUCUUAUACGCUUGGUGGAAGACUCCUACAAACGCCGAAUGGUGUGGAAUCAUCCAAAGUUUUACCGGGUAGAUUUCUCCAGUCUAAGAUCACAGGUCAUCACUUUGGUCUGGGUGGUUUUGUUGGUUAUUCAUCUGCCUCCCAAUCGCAGGUCAAAUAUCUGAACAGAUUGAGCACUUUGAACAAGCCAAUCACAGGUACUGAUAAAUUUAGCAGAGAGUUCAGAGUUCCAAUUAUUCCAAAACAUGCAUAUAUCAACUUGGAAAGUAAGAAGUUGGACUUGGAUUUGGACCCUGUUAGAUCCAUCAAAAGGUAUGGUAAGGGCAAGAAUGGAACCAGCUUGUCGUCCAUCAAGAAAUACAUUUCUCCAAGGUCUCCUUUGAGUGGUAACGAUAAGGAGACAUCUGUUUUGAAUUCGUUGUUGGGAUUGCUAGAGAGCGUUGAUAAGAAAUGA